CGUAAGAGGUUUUUUUUCCAUACAUUAGAAUAUGUAUUUAUAUGCCCCUUUCCUUAUCCGAUGACACCAUAGUUAGAUAAUUACAUUCCGCAUUUGGCAAAGCAAGAUUUUGUCAGAUAAAAUGUCUUUUUUCCUAUUUCCUUUCACCAUAAUCAAAAAUAAGAACAAUUUCAGAACCAUCUGAAUGAAACCGAGCCCAAGUGAUGCAUAGCAAGAACGUGAUUCGAAAACAGCGACUUCGUAAAAUACAAAUAGAUAUUUUCUAUAUUUAGGAGAUAUGUACGAAAUUUAUCAUGCAAAUACAUGGUAUAUGUAUGCUAUUGUUACCAAGUAUGCAUUUAUACAAAGAGAUCCAAAACUGUUGUUUGUCCUGCUUACCGGACACCAUUACUUUAGGGAAUGACUUAAUCUUCUUAAAAGCUUUAUAUUACAUAAUUAUGCUUAAAUACCUGAUACAUGCAGAUGCAUUAAGACAAGAAUCAACAAACAUAUUUAUGCUCAGCAUACAGAGAAAAAAAUAUUUUCAGUUUCGUUUUGAAGUUGUACUUAUAGUAUUCAGGAUUUUAUUAGUACGAUAAAUAUCGAAUUUCCAUUUUGGCUAUAUUUAUCGAUUGCCGCGCCAGACAUGCGUGGUAAAUGCCUGAUAACAAUAAACCACGUCAAUAUUGUAUUGGAGACACGCUUGUGGAAAGGGAUUACAAAUUUAAAUAAAUAUUUCUUUAAUUGUAUUUUCUUUGUUAGUAAUAAAGAAUAAGAAAUAUGUAGGUGCAAUCAUAUGGAUGAAAUCUUUAUCUGAAAGCUAAAUAUAUAUGGAAUGCAAGAUGUCAUUGUGUUUCACAGAUGAAGGUUUGCUCGAAGAAUGCAUUAAAAAGCUUGAGGAGCGUGCAAAGCCGAGCAAAAAUGAUAUAAGAUAUGGAACAUACGUGAAAUAUGUAAAUUGUUUCCUUAGCAAAUUCGGAAAAGAAAGGGUGUAUUUAGUUGGCAGUACGGGUGAGAGAUCUAAACUUGCAUUUUUCAAAGAUGAUGGUGAUGCCGAUUUCUUAAUGGUAUCUGGGAAACUAGAGAUAUCUGUGACAAGUAUCGUUCAGAACUCUAACGUACCAUGCUAUAUCUGGAUUCGUGCUGACGAGCGCUGCAGAGGUAUUGGACUCAAAACUGUUAAAGAUAAAUACCUUUCAGCUAACACUUUACGUGAAGUUAGACCAGAGUUAUUCACUGUGUUACGGGCGGUUUACUUGCAGACUACAGCCCCGGUGGAUGAACUACCAGAAACGGACGAAGACCGUACCAUACUGUCGGUUUCCUCAAAAGUCGGCUUACAAACAACUUCCUACAGAUCAUUGCAGUUUGACAUAGAUAUUGAAGCAUACAAGCGAAAUAAUUCAUAUGUUAAGAAUGCUGUAAGCGGAGAUAAAAGGAAAAACAGAUUUACAGAAAGAUGGAAGAGUAUGAAAAUACAUCAUCAGGACGAGAAAAUCUAUAGACGAAUCUAUGACAUAUUAAAGCCAUUGAUACAGUCUAACGACAAAAGAGAAAAUAACGGAGGAAUAGCUACGUUCGCACAAUUCGUAGCAGAGAUUAUAACACGACAAAAUGAAAAUAGCGAAUGUCCCAGCAAUAGCAUGUCCGAAGAAGACGAAUGUUUUUGUUAUCAAAAUGAUUUGAAGUGUGAAGAUAUUGUUACAGGAAAGGCUAUUAGAGCAACAUAUACAGAAACAAGUCAUAAAGACUUUGUUCCAGCUUUAGUUAUUAAAGGUGAACUUGAAUGUAUGAAACAGUGGAAAGAGAGAGUAGAAGCACGUGGUUGGCCUUUGUCUAAGGUGAAUGAAAUUUACAAUACAGAUGUAUUUGCUGUCGCAAGAGUUGCCCCAAUCAAUCCAAAUACAGAAAAGGACUUUUGUUUGUCGUUUAAUCUGGCUGAGCAAAAGUUAAUGGAAUCGAUGUCUAAAACACAAAGAAGAGUCUUCUUGAUCCUUAAAGCCUACUUGAAAGGUGUCUUUGAACACAACCAUAGGUUGAAAGGUACAGAGCUUAGACUUAAAACUUACCAUAUUAAAAACCUUUUGUUUUGGCUUUAUGAAAGUAAUGAAGAGAACGAUAAACAGCCAGUUCAAACGAUCCUUCAGAAAGCUUUGGGCUCCCUAAGGGAGAAGUUUUGUAACGAAAACCUUUCACAUUAUUUUGUACCAAGUAACAAUUUAUUCAUUGAUUUUGAAAAAUCAGAUUUCGAAAUGUUAAAAGAAUGUGUUGAUGAAAUUCAAAAGAGCCCAGUUUGUAGUUUAAACUUCUAUAUUGAAUUGAAUGACGGUAGGCGAGGAGAGGUUUGGUUCACGGACGACGAAUUGGACUGCUUUUUGGAUAUGUCAGCUGACGGAGGAAGAAGUGAACAUAUCAGCAAACUAGAAGAGGCUAUGGUAGAUUUUCAGAGAGGUGUAAACGAUAAGAGAGAUGUAGAUGGGUAUGCGCCAUUACAGGAAGCAAUUUUAGACAUACUUGAAAUAUAUCUGAAUCAGGAAAAGCGUGUUGAUUACUCAGUAUUCAAAGGAAUCAACGAUUUUUUAACAGAAGGCCAAACUGACCCUCGAAAAUUGAAGACGUCUGAAACAAGCAAGAGAGUUGAAGAUACAGCUAACCUGAUUGUGGGACUUGGUAUUUACAUUAAAGAUAUAGAACAUUUGGUAACUAAAUAUGGUGGAAAGGAUGGGAUAAAGCGUAUCCUUGAAGGGGCAUUGUGCGGAAAGGCUGUGGACUUUAAUGCAGAUCUUGGAGAACAAAUUGUGGAUACUGUUCAUCGUUAUCUAAACUGUUCAGAUGAUGAAGAAGAUGCUCUCUCUUGUGAGUUAAAAUACAAAUUAUUUGGGUACUAUCUCUGCAGUAAAGAAUUCCCAGAUAUGUCAGGGAUACGGCGUGUGUAGGAAGUACAUCAAUAACUUGACACCUCAGUAAACGGAAACUGUCAAAAUACAUUUUGAAUAAUAAUUAUAAAUGGUUCUGAUCAUUAUAUAAAAUCUAGACGACAUAUAUAUAUAUAUUUGCUUUGUGAGAAAUAACAUUUUCGCAAAUUGGUCGUUCUUUACAGAAUUGUACUUUCCACUUUUAUUUUUAUACAUGAAGUGCUUUUUGCUGUGUUGAUAACAUUCCUUCAUCUACACGUCUACAACAUUAUGAUAAUUUAAAGUAAAACAAGAAAAAAAGAACUCAGGAAAUGAAGAAACAUAUACUUGGUAACACGUGUUAUGUCUGGACAAGAAAGUAUUAAAGUGCGGGCAUUUACACUUACACCUUAAAAUGUAACAAAAGUAUGAAUAAAAUGACGGCGAUUAAAUAUAUUGUUUUUUUAUGAAUGCCGAUUAUCUUUCCUCUGAUCUGCUAUUUGCACAUUAAAUUACUAACUACAAAAGAAUUUACAUUUCAACCCAACAUUUUUCAUGUUGUGGUUAAACCGAAUCAUUCACAAGAAUUUGGCACACAAACGUAUUGCUAUCUUUAAAAAAGGAAUUGUUUUUAUCGUUCUUGUAUCGGUCGUUUUUAAUUUUGCAAUGUUUAUCAAUAAUAAUCUUAAAUGCCUUU